AUGCGACGGAAACUCAUCACAUGCUUCAAGACGCCUUUUAAGGUGAAAUGCAUUUCUAGAUCUCUGUGUGGAAAGUGGCACAAGGCCUUCAAGGAGGGUCGGGAGAAGGUCACCGACGAGCCUCGUUCUGGACGCCCAACAACAGCCCGAACAGAUGAAAACGUCCAGCGUGUGAGUGAAGUUUUGAAAGCAGACCGUCGGUUAAGCAUUCAGGCAAUCACCAACACCCUGAACUUGUCAAAAUGUGUGAUACAUGGGAUUGUGACGGAGGAUUUGCAAAUGAGAAAGAUCUGUGCGAAGCUUGUGCCGAAGGUGUUGACGGAGGAGCAAAAACUACCUGACCCAAA